CAUUUUAGAAACCCUUACGACAAGUUAGGUGUCUCUCCAGUCCCCAUCCCAGAAGCCACAACAUUCUUUGCAAAUGCGCUAACGAUUCUCGUCCUUUUCCGUUAUAAAAGUCAGCAUAAGAUCCUCAUCGCCGGCGAAGACUCCAACUUUGACCUCAGCCGAAAGAGAGAGAGAGAGAGAGAGAGAGAGUUUCUGGUUCCGAUCGAUGGCGGAGCUCGGCGGCGGCGGCGACGGCGACGGCGACAAGCCGCUGCGGAAGAUCGCGCAGUCGUUCAAGGAGCUCGCGGCGGCGGCGGGGGAUGACUCCCGGGCGGCCGCCGUCGAGGUCGCGCCUUUCUCCCACGCCUGCUCCCUCGUGUCCCCGCUCUUCGGCUGCCUCGGCAUCGCCUUCAAGUUCGCCGAGAUGGACUACGUCGCCAAGGUUCAUGAUCUGGCAGACGCGUCCAAGUCCAUCGUGACAUUGCAGGCGUUGCUGGAUCAUGAUAUAGAAAUGAACAGCAUAAGGAAAGCAGGUAGUCAUUCGAGGAAUCUUCUGAGGGUGAAGCGUGGCCUGGACAUGGUCAGGGUGCUCUUUGAACAAAUUCUCGUAUCAGAGGGGAAUUCCUUAAGGGAUCCAGCUUCCAAGGCUUAUGCACAGGUUUUCGCUCCUCACCAUGGGUGGGCUAUUAGGACAGCUGUAGCUGCAGGGAUGUAUGCCCUUCCCACAAAGGCACAGUUAUUGAAGAAACUCAAUGAGGAUGAGAAUUCAGCCAAGACUCAUAUGCGGGAUUACGUUGUUGCUUCAGAGCCCGUCAUUCUUUACAUCAACAGACUCUUCCUUUCAAGAGAACUAGGCAUUGAUUGGUAAAACCAUGGUGGGAGUUUGCAGAUUAUUUUCUGAAUUAUCUGUGAUCAUGUGUUCAAUAGAAGAAACAUAACCAAUGCCUGAUGAAUCAAUAUUUGCUCGACGAAUAAUGUAAAGUUUCUUGAUAGAUUAGAAUCGCUUGGAGUAUUAUUCAAGAUAAUCUCUUUUAGUUGCUUGAAA